GUCGCUGGAAGGCAGGCUAUGCAGGUGGGCCCCAGGUCGGUCUGUGGCUCCCCAGACAGGCCCGGGGCCUCCAGCUUUCCUGCCCAGAUGCUCCCAGGGCCACCUGCGUCCCGCCCAUGGCAGCAAAGGUGUCCCUGGACUGCAGGCCCUGAGCACCCUGCCUCCCAGGAGCCCAGCAUCCACCCCCACAUUCCAAACCCCAUGGUCUGCCUGGAGGAGGGGGACGUGAUUCUUUUCCAGCUUCACAUUCUGCGCCACAAUCGCUCGGCCAGUCACUACCCUGUGUACCAGAAGCAGCACCUCUUCAACAGCAACCCCCGUUGGGACUUCGGGGCCUUCAGGAGACUCGGCCACCUGGUGCGGGAGACGGGGCUCACCUUCUCCAGGUUUGCUCACCAGUUUCUAGAUCCGGGCACGUACGUGUUUCGCGACAAUGGGCAGCCCGAGAGCAUGGCCGUGGUGCUGGUGAAGGCGAGGGGGGCGGCCUGUGAGCCAGGCCAGGCCCCUGUGCAGCCGUCCUCCCCCGAUCAGCUCGCCAGGCACGGGGUCCUCAGGCACCGCCUGCCCGACCUAGGCCCAGAUUGGGCAGCGAUCUCAGGGGUGCUGCUGGCUGUCGGCAUGACCACCGUGCUUCUGACGGGCCUGGGCCUCUUGCUGAGACCCUCCUCGCAGGCCCAGGCCUGCCCAGCAAGGGCGUGGAGGCCUCAGUGGAGGGGCCUUGGGGAGCCUCACAUGCCCACCGGGGAUGUGGCCCUGGGGGACAGCUCUCUGCUCUCUGAAAACCCUGGUCCCUGGGGCUCUGAGGAAGGAGCCAGUUGCACAGGAAAAGCCGCUGCCCUGGGCACAGGGAAGGCCCUCCUGGCCAAGACCCUGGAGGACUUCAGUGUUCGCACCCUUUACGAUAAGCUCGAGGACCAGAGCCUGCACAUGGCAGCCCAGCUGAGCAAGCACAGAAGCGACACGUUGGCCUUCUACAGGGGUGCCAGCCAGCAGCUCCAGGGCCUCCAGGACCUCCUGCAGGGCCUCAGCACGACCAAGCAGCCAGGCCUGGGCAGGGUUGGGGACCCAGAGACCGGAGCCAGAGCCACUGCCCGGACCCACGCUGGGCAGAGUGAGGCCUCGCAGGGCAGCCUCACUGCAGCUUCUCCCAGGGAGCCCUGGCAGCGGCCUCCAGGCGGCACCUUCCGCGCCCCUGCCCCGGGGCGGCAGCCGGAGCUCGAGCAAGCCCUCGCGGGCCUGGCGGCCGCACUUUCCCAAACACAAGAGCUACCAGCCGGGGCCAGCUCUGCAGGCGCCCCGCACCAAGGUCAGAACCAGGGUGCACUGCUGUGCCCAGAGAUCAGCCCCUGCGCCUUCAAGUUCCUAACCUCCUCCCAAACGUUUGUCCGAGACAAUGGCCACAGCCUCGUCUAA